AUGAAAUCUCUAAUUGUUCUAUCUUUGUUGAUAUACUUAAUAGCAACCUAAGAGAAUUGUAGAUUUGCAUUUGAAUACACUCAAAAGGAAUUAUAAUCAGAUCCAAAGAAAGUCUAAGAGUUUCUAUCUAAAGUAAUGAAAUGGGAAUCAAAUUUUGCUAAAGAUUUAGGCAUUGAUAAAAAAUCAGGUCUAACUUUAGAUGGUUAAUAAUUGGAUGUAAAUACUGGUAUGCCUUAUGGUAAACCACAUUAAUUCACUGCCUCUUCAAAAGAAUCAAUCCAUUUGGCAUUAAUUGGAUUAGCUUUAUCUAAUAAUGAAUAUGCCAAAUAGAUUUAUUCUGAAGAAGAAGCUUUAGACUUAUUGAAUAGAAAGAUCAAUACAUAUGAAUAGUUUGACAAGGAUUAUCCAGGUUAUGGAGGAUUCUUACCAUGGGUGGCUGUAAAUGAUGGUGUCGUCACUCCAACUUGGGAUUGGACUGAUGGAGUACCUUCAUUAGAUAAUGGAUAAUUAUUUUGGGCUGCUUAUGCAGUUGUAUCUGUAUUGGAAACAUGGUAUUCAGAUUAAGAAGAGUUAAUUGGAAGAUAUACUAGAUUCUAUUAGAAAAUGGCAAAUAAUUCUAUAACAAUAUUCUAUGAAGGAGAUGGAUUAAUAAGAGCAGUCACUAGAAUUUAAGAUAUUAAAGCAAGUGUAGAAAAUAAUAAAUAUACAAACAGAUAAACAGAUUGUACUAAUUUUAGAAGUCCAUGUUAUUUGGAUGAUCCAUAUGAAGGAGAAUUAUUUGCAUGGAUGAUGUAUUUUUAUGCUCCAUGGAAAGAUACAACAGAAAGAGAGAAAAUAUGGGUAGCAAAGAAAUCUAAAUUAUAAGUAGUUGAUUAUAAAGUUGCUGGAUUGAAUAAAUAUAUUUCAGUUUAAAGAGGAUGGUGGUUUUCAGCACAUGAAUAAUGGAAAUAUUUAUUCUUACCUUAUACUCAUGAUUAAAUCUAAUUAAAUUUAUUGAUAAAUGGUGAGAAAGUACGUACAUGGGAUGCUAGAAAUAAUGAAAAACCUGGUAUGUUUGCUUCAAUUACUAGCAAUAUUACAAAAAAUGAAGAUCCUGUAGAUUAUUAUAGUGCUUGUGGAAUUUAAGAAGUUUCUUUUAUUCCUGUAUCCUAUAGACAUUUAGUAACACCAUAUUCAACAAUGACCAUGUUUUUAGCAAAUUAAGAAGUAGCAGUAUCUUGGUAUCACAAUAUGAUAUCUGGACCAGCUGGACAGAAUGCAUUUGGAAGUACUGAAGGAGUCGUUGUUGAUGGAACUUCAGUAGCUCCUUUUGUUACAUGGGAUAGUAAAAUGACUACAGUUUUAGGAAUGGCAGGAGGUAUCUUUGAUUAUACAGCUAAGAAAUUGAAUUCAGAAGGAAAUUAUAAUCUUUUCUUAAAAGUAUUGAAUAGAGAAUGGCAACAAUCAUUUUCUAAUCUUAAAGGAGCUGAUGUUCCUUUUGCAUAUCCAAAUGUUACAUUUCCAUAAAUCAAAAAAGAUUUUACAACAUGUACAAGAAAAACAGAUAUCAUUAUUGAAUAAUGA